AUGACAAGUCCUGCUGGAAAACGCGGACCAUCAGUCCUGGUUACUGAUUCACGGGAACGCCAACGCCCUUCCAUAGCUCGAAACAAUUCCCAGCGACCAAAUGUUAAUGGCUCGAAUGCGCCUAGACCAACAAGAUUCAUUUCCGUAGAUAAUGUUUUACAAUAUGCCUCUCAAAUCCCAUCAGGUCAAGCUCGAGGACCACCAGGACGCAGACCUCAGGCUUCAGAUCAACGUCGUGCAAGUGGUCCAAUAUCGGCACGGAUCGCACAACAAAAUGUUCCAGGUCGGAGCACAAAGACUAGCGAAAAAUUGGUUCUAAUUCCAGACACGUUAGAUGAAAAGGAUGAUUCUGAUACGGACGAUAUUCUUGGUGCUGAAAGCGAACCGCGAGUUGAUGGUGAUGCGGGACCUCCGACAGAUACCGAAAGGGACAUACUAAAAAAGAGGGGUGGUAUACGAGGAAAGAGUUAUGCGGAGCGAUUACCCAAGGCGAGGAGAGCAAAUGAGUUGGCUAGGGUUACUGCAUAUUGCACGGCGCAAGCAUACAAAACGAAGGAUACGGCUACGUUUGUUAAGGAAAGACACGGGGCUAAGACAAAGUUAUACGAUGAUUGUCUCUACACAGUUUACCAUUUACCUUUAUUACCGGGUACCGAGGGAUUCAGAGUAAGGAGUAGUCCGGUUCUAAAAAGUCCAGGUGGAAAAGCGGUAUUGGAUGAAGAGAUAGAGAGGAGUGAGAACAGAGACUAUCAUGAAGGAUAUUUCGAGGAUACGGAUACAUACGGUGUAAGGGGAGGGGAGGAUAGUCCACGAAAUGAAUCCGACGAAGACAGAAUUAGAAGAGAAGAAGAGGCCCGAAGAGGUAGAGAGGAAACUCAUAUUUUUGAACAAGGCAAGAGAGCAGACAGUCCAAAUAGAGUCGCACCGGAUGCGACAACUUUUGCAGAGAUGUUUGUCUUUUCAUAUGGGGUGGUGGUGUUUUGGAAUUUUACUGAGCAUCAGGAAAAAGAUAUCCUUGCCGAUUUUGCAUUUGCAGCACACAACACAGAUGUGUCACUUGUUGUUCGACCUCAAGAAGAAGAAGAUCUCGAAACAGAAGAGCUUCAUUUUGAGUAUAAUUCUUUCGUUGACAGACCUCGAAUUUUCAAUGAUAUGAUUACCUUGAGGAGUGGUGAUCAUAUGAUAAAGUUGGCAAUGAGUCAUGCUAUUGCCCAAAGUACGAAGUUGAGCUUCUUUGAGGAGCGGAUGUCACAGACUAUGCUGAGUGCAGAGCAUGUUCCUAAGCACUUGGCCUUAACGGGUCAACUUGGUAUGUCUCGUACAGAAAUCCUUAAGAUCCUUGGUCGUCUCUUCAAGAGUAGGGUUGAUGUCAAUCUUUCAUCAAAUAUUCUCGAUGUUCCCAGCUUCUUUUGGGAUUCAGAACCCACGUUACAUCCACUCUAUGAAGCUAUUCGAGAGUAUUUAGAGAUCGGUCCACGUAUCACGACGCUCAAUGAACGUUGUAGAGUUUUCUUGGACUUGGCAGAAGUUUUAAGUGAUAACAUUGCCGAUACAAAGAUGAGCACAAUCACAUGGAUUGUCAUCAUUUUGAUCAUCAUUAGUAUAGCUGUUACGGUCACAGAAGUAGGCAUAAGAUUUAUAAUAUUGGAAAAGGCAGGUGGAGGAAACCCUGCGAUGGCAUCUAUGGACAGGAAUUGGUCGCGAUUCGAUUUUAGUGCUCCACAAUUGGAAGCAAUAUGUGGAACUGGAAGGAUUGCCGAGCUUUAA